GCUUACUCUGUGGAUCUAUUAUUGAAGCUUUUUUGAUGGGUUUCCGUGAUUGUGAUCGUCUUUAUCCUUAAAGCACGAGAGUGAACAGUAAGAAUGGCCAGUGAUUUCGCCAAGAAGGCUGAAGAAGCAUUCUUUGAUGACGACUUUGGACUUGCCGUUGACUACUAUACUAAAGCCAUUGACCUCAAUCCCAAGAGCGCAGAUCUUUUCGCCGACCGAGCUCAAGCCCAAACUAAACUUAACAGCUUCAUUGAGGCUGUUGCUGAUGCAAAUAAAGCUAUUGAGCUGGACCCAACAAUGGCCAAGGCAUAUUUGCGUAAGGGCGCUGCCUUUAUGAAGCUUGGAAAAUAUGGUAGUGCUAACGCAGCUCUUGAAAAAGGUUCCUCUUUGGCACAAAAUGAUUCAAGAUUUACCAGGUUGAUUGAAGAAUGUGAUAAGCAUAUGGCAGUGACCACUAUUCAGGCUAAGCCCUCGACAUCAAAUUUGCCUCCAAGCACCUCAUCUGUUUUGGAGCCAAUGUCAUCAGUCGGACCAAAAUACAGACAUGAAUACUACCAGAAGCCCGAGCAAAUUGUUUUGACUGUAUUUGCAAAGGGGAUACCAGCAAAACAUGUAGCUGUUGAUUUUGGGGAACAAAUUUUGAGCGUUACUAUUGAUGUCCCUGGUGAAGAUGCUUAUCAUUUUCAACCUAGAUUGUUCGGAAAGAUAAUACCUGAGAAGUGCAAUUAUGAAGUAAUGUCAACCAAAGUUGAAAUCCAUCUGGCAAAAGCUGAACCAAUUACCUGGCCAUCCCUUGAAUAUAGGAAGGAAAUUACUAUUAUUCAGAAAGCUAAUGUACCUUCAGUUGUGUCUCAGAGGCCCACAUACCCCUCUUCAAAAUCAAAAACAAUAGACUGGGACAAGCUGGAAUCACAAGUGAAGAAGGAGGAAAAAGAUGAGAAACUGGAUGGCGAUGCUGGAUUGAAUAAACUUUUCCGAGAUAUUUACCAAAAUGCAGAUGAAGACAUGAGAAGAGCUAUGACAAAAUCUUUUUAUGAGUCAAAUGGGACAGUGCUUUCAACAGACUGGAAAGAUGUGGGUUCAAAGAAGAUUGAAGGUAGUCCACCUGACGGUAUGGAGAUGAAGAAAUGGUAGUACUAAUAGGUGCCGUUGCGCCAAGUCAAUUUUUUUUUUUUUUUUUUUUGAAUUAAAUUUUGGUGUGCUUGGGAUUCAUCAUAAUUUGUUGUUUUGGUAAUUAAUUUGACUGCAAUUUGCCAGUGGAUUACAUUUUAUGAAAAAUUACGCUUCUGCCUUUUUGUUUUCCUUUA